CUUCCUGGCCGCCAUAUUGCAGUGAGGCAGCGACUUUCAGUUCAGUGGCCACCGGUUAUAUUUCCUACAAUGGACACGAUGAUGUCGGCACAAAUGAGCGGGGAGCACGGGAAGAUGAAGGAGUACCACUACACGGGGCCCGUACAGCACAAAUUCUCACCGUAUGCAUUUAACGGAGGGACUGUCCUGGCGGUGGCUGGUGAGGACUUUGCCAUCGUGGCCUCGGACACCAGGCUGAGCGAAGGAUACUCCAUCCACUGCCGGGAUUCACCGAAAUGCUACAAACUUACAGACAAGACAGUCAUUGGCUGCAGUGGUUUCCAUGGAGACUGCCUCACCCUAACCAAAAUCAUUGAUGCUAGACUAAAGAUGUACAAGCACUCUAACAACAAGAUCAUGACAAGUGGUGCCAUAGCAGCCAUGCUGUCUACCAUUCUGUAUGGACGCCGCUUCUUUCCUUACUACGUCUACAACAUCAUCGGCGGUCUGGAUGAGGAGGGUCGGGGAGCAGUGUAUAGCUUUGACCCUGUGGGCUCCUACCAGAGAGACACUUACAAAGCUGGGGGAUCAGCCAGUGCCAUGCUGCAGCCCCUCCUCGACAACCAGAUUGGGUUCAAGAACAUGGAGAACGUGCAGCACGUGCCACUGACCCUGGAGAAGGCCGUGCAGCUGGUGAAGGACGUCUUCAUCUCGGCCGCGGAGAGAGACGUGUACACUGGCGACGCCCUCAAGCUCUGCAUCGUCACCAAGGACGGCAUCAAGGAGGACACUGUCCCGCUCAGGAGAGACUGAGCCCCGCCUUGCCACGCCCUGUAUGGCCUUCUCCCAGUCUGCCUCAACGUGUGAGGCUCCAGAUUUGUUUUUCUGCUCUAGUUGUUAUAAUACUGUUAUUUUCUUUU